UUGUCACAAUUUUCAGUUGGGAUUCAUACAUCCUCAUCAAAAUGACUCAGUUUUAGGUGGUGUACUUCCACACUUCUCUGUGUUUGAGCUCUAUGGUGACACUGGUUGGUGUCUCUAUCACCCAGGAUAGACGGUUUCCAGAAUGCAAUAGGGUCAGGGUUCGGACUCCCACAGCUCUUCACUGGUCACAUGGAGAACAACAUCUCUCAUGGGGAGGAAAGGUUGAGUCUAUUAAAUGGACCCCUCUUGGACCCAACACUGAAAGAGCCUCUGCAAUCAGACGCUCUGCGGAAGCCUCUUCUGUUGAAGAGUUCUCGUGUGUGUUGGAGAGUGUGCGUGUGGCACUCUUCCCCUCCAUGGAGGUCUUUGAAUCUGACCUGCUCCAGCUGCUCAAUAGAGACUGCCAGAAUACAAACAGAGGUGCGGAGAGGUGCUCAAUCAUGGUGCAGGAGUGUAGGCUGCUGGUCGUGGUCCAUAAUGGCUGGGGUUGGAUGGAGAAGCCUCAUGUGUUGGUUCUGGAGCAUGAGGCCUGGGGGGAGCGGAACAGUCAUGGCCCGUGGAGCCAUCACAGGUGGCAGCUUCAGGCAGACCUCCAGGGACAAACUCAGUGAAGGACUGUCUCUUCCUGGCAAUGUGGAGCUGAAGAUGAUGAGGCAUGCAGCGGUCAGCACUGUCUUCCAGUUCCAGUAUGUUCUCUCAUGUCCAAUGGCUGGAGACGGGCAGGUGUGCUGCUUUUCUUCAUGGAUACAUUUUGAUUCCCCAUUAAUGGAUCAUGAUGGCCUUAAUGCUGAUUAAAUUUUCCUUCUGAAGUCAUGAAACGCUACAGGUCAUAUAGGUGCC